GGACUUUCAUGGGCUGUACCAGCUCGGCGCUAAGAUUACACAACAGAGAUUAAUCACGCUCCUCGCUGUUAUGGUGCCGCUCCCCCCCAUUCAAAUUUCCGCCUCCCCUGAAAACAUAAAAAGAAACGGCCUUCUGUUUACAUCGCCGAUUAUCCAUUCAUCUGGGAUAUAAUCGCGUGGCUGCCUGUGGUCUGGAUUUCUAAUUGUACUUUUGAAGAAUUUAGGCUCCGGCCCCAACAAUUUUUUUUUUUUUGUUUUUUUAACACCUCCCCCCCCCCAAUUUGUUUGGUUAACUUUUCCCUUUCCUCUGGCGGCUUGCUUCCCGGCUCGUGCUCCCAUGUUUUCCUAGCUGACGUUACGGAGCGUGGUGGGGACUGGCAUGCUUUUGCGGCCGACCGUACCGGGACUCUGCGCUAUGCUGCAGACCAUCUACGAGACGGAAUCUUGCUUUUCCUCGGAUGCGAUGUCCGGCCGGGACAAGCCCCUGCAGAUGCUGUCUAGAAGCAGGAUACAUGCCCUUCCUCGCGCCGCAGUGGAGGUAAAGACUUCCCUCCCGGUGGGGAUGCAGAGCCCCGGUGGCGGUGGGGACCAGGGCAGCGGCCCGGUGGACCUACGCACGGAGCCCCGGCUGGGCCAUGCGCCUCCGCCGCCCCCACCGCCGAUGGACCCCACACUGCGGGAGCAGCAGCUGCAGCAUGAGCUUCUCCUCCUCAAGCAGCAGCAGGAGCUGCAGAAGCAGCUGCUCUUCGCCGAGUUCCAGAAGCAGCACGAGGUCCUCACCCGGCAGCAUGAGGUGCAGCUCCAGGAGCACCUCAAGCAGCAGCAGGAGAUCCUGGCCGCCAAGCGGCAGCAAGAGCUGGAGCAGAAGCGGAAGCUGGAGCAGCAGAGACAUGAGGAGCUGGAGAAGCAGCGUCUGGAGCAGCAGCUGGUCAUGCUCAGGAACAAGGAGAAGGGCAAGGAGAGUGCCAUCGCCAGCACAGAGGUAAAGCUGAAGCUGCAGGAGUUCUUGCGCAGUAAAAAAGACCCCACCCCCGGCGGGCUGAACCAUUCCUUCCCUUCGAAAUGCUGGGGGGCCCACCAUACAUCUCUGGACCAGAGCUCACCUCCCCAGAGCAAUACCCCUGGGACACCGCCCUCUUACAAGUUGCCCCCCCUGCUCGGGACCUACGAUGGCAAAGAUGACUUCCCGCUUCGCAAGACCGCGUCCGAGCCCAACCUGAAGGUGCGCUCCCGGUUAAAACAGAAGGUGGCCGAGCGGCGCAGCAGCCCCCUCCUCAGACGCAAGGACGGCACCGUCAUCAGCACCUUCAAGAAGAGAGCCAUCGAGAUCACAGUGUCCUCCAUGUGCAGCAGCGCCCCUGGCUCUGGGCCUAGUUCCCCCAACAGCUCCAACAGCGCCAUCGCCGAGAAUGGGUCCAGCGGCUCUGUGCCCAACAUCCACAACAAGCACCUACGCUCCCAGCACCAGACCAUGAGCGUGGAUGGAUCUGCCAGCCAGCUCAGCCUGUACACCUCCCCCUCGCUGCCCAACAUCUCCCUGGGCCUCCCAGCCUCUGUGACGGCCGCCAGCUCCAGCAUCGCUCCCCCACAGAAACUGUCCGCCCAGCAGGAGGCGGAGCGCCAGGCCAUCCAGACCAUGCGGCAGGGGGGCGCCCUGACAGGGGCCUUUGUUAGCGCCUCAUCCCUGCCCGCGUGCCUGCCACCCGGCGUGCCCCAUGACGCCGAGCCGGCGCCGGCCAACAGCCAUGGCCACUCAUCCCUGCUGCAACACGUGUUACUGCUGGAACAGGCCCGCCAGCAGAGUGCGCUGCUUGCAGUGCCGAUCUACGGGCAGUCGCCCCUGGUGGGUGGCGAGCGGACGUCGUCCGGCAUGCGGACGGUGAACAAGCUGCCGCGGCACCGACCGCUGAGCCGCACGCAGUCAGCGCCGCUGCCCCAGAGUCCGCAGGCCCUGCAGCACCUGGUCAUGCAACAGCAGCACCAGCACUUCCUGGAGAAGCAGAAGCAGUACCAGCAGCAGAUCCAGCUCAACAAGAUGCUCUCCAAAGGCACGGAGCUGCCUCGUCAGCCCCCAAGCCACCCGGAAGAGACGGAGGAGGAGCUGACGGAGACGGCCGAGAUGCAGGAGGACCGGAUCGAGGGCCUGGAGCUGAUGAGGGAGGGCCAGGAACUGCCGUCCGAUAGGCCGGGCGAAGUCUCAUCUCUCUCAGAGCCAAUCACGCUGAAGGACGAGAACACGGAGAGUGACGUGGAGGAAGAUGAGGACGAGGACGAGCUGCGUGAGGAUGAUGAGCACGGCAUCCCCUACUCCCAGUUUUCAGACCAGCAGCACCUGCAGCAGCUCCACCUUUUCCAGGCGUCCUUGUCGAUCACCGGCAUGCCCCACAGGCCUUUGGGAAGGGCCCAGUCCUCCCCGGCCUCGGCCAACCUUAAAGGCCCCCCCAUGAGUGAACUUGCUGUGAAGCCUCUCUUCACUACAGGUGUGGUGUACGACACGUUCAUGCUGAAGCACCAGUGCAUGUGCGGGAACACGAACAUACACCCAGAGCACGCCGGGAGGAUCCAGAGCGUGUGGUCACGGCUGCAAGAGACGGGGUUGCUCAAUCGCUGCGAGAGGAUCCGGGGAAGGAAAGCUACCCUAGACGAGAUCCAGACGGUCCAUUCAGAACAUCACGCCCUGCUAUAUGGCACCAGUCCUCUCAACAGGCAGAAGCUGGACAGCAAAAAGCUCUUAGGUCCCAUCAGCCAGAAGAUGUACGCGGUGCUGCCCUGCGGAGGCAUCGGGGUGGACAGUGACACAGUGUGGAAUGAGAUGCACUCUUCCAGCGCAGUGCGCAUGGCGGUGGGCUGCGUCAUUGAGCUGGCCUUCAAGGUGGCUGCUGGAGAGCUCAAGGUAAAUGCACCUGGUGCCCAUGUGCCCGCCUGCCUGCCCACCCGCCUGCCUGCCCGUUUGCCCACCUACCUGGCCGCCUACCUGCCCGGUCCACUUCUGUGUCUGCGCCCGCAGGUGGGGACUGGCCCGGGAGUGGGCUACAACGUGAACAUUGCGUGGACGGGCGGCGUGGACCCUCCCAUGGGGGAUGUGGAGUAUCUGACCGCCUUCAGGACUGUGGUGAUGCCCAUCGCCAACGAGUUCUCCCCGGACGUGGUGCUGGUGUCAGCUGGAUUCGACGCCGUCGAGGGCCAUCAGUCCCCUCUGGGGGGGUACUCUGUCACAGCCAAAUGUUUCGGUCACCUGACCAAACAGCUGAUGAAGUUGGCGGGCGGGCGUGUCGUCCUGGCGCUGGAGGGGGGUCACGACCUCACGGCGAUCUGCGACGCCUCAGAGUCGUGCGUGUCCGCCUUGCUGGGGGAGGAGCUGGAUCCCCUGCCCCAGAGCGUGAUGCAGCAGAAACCGUGUCCUAAAGCCGUCACCUCGCUGGAAAAGGUCAUCGAGAUCCAGAGCAAGCACUGGAGCUCAGUGCAGCGCUUCAGCUCUGCGGCUGGCCUGUCGCUGCUGGAGGCUCAGCGAAGGGAGAAGGAGGAGGCCGACACAGUCUCGGCCAUGGCCUCGCUCACCGUGGACGCCGAGCAGGGCGUAAUCCAGGACUCCAGCAGGUCCAUGGAGGAGCCAAUGGAGGAAGAGCCCGUGCUGUAGGGGGCGCUGACGCCCGUCGCGAACCGCGGAACCCAUCACUUUCCACCCCCUGCUCCUCCCUCCCCCUCCCCAGAUACUGCAGGCCUGUUCUUCUGUCGAGGCCCCUCUCACACCACCCGACGCUGUCGGAGGGCUUGACUGACAUGACGAGUCGGACGGAUAGACGGAUGGGGCUUGUCCCCCGCAAACAGGCUGGUGUUUUUUUUAACGGGGUGGAGGCGGCGUGGAGCUUCGGAGGACUGGACAGCGCAGAAGGCGGUUUGUCGUUUUUAACGCACUUUUCUCCUCCCAAAGCUGGCAGUACGGUAUGAAGUAAGGAGAGAGUAGAAGUAAGGAGAGAGUAGAAGUAAGGAGAGAGUAGAAGUAAGGAGAGAGUAGCACAAACUAACGUACACUCACAUGCGUCUGGGAGGAGGAACCACAGUGUUUUCGGGAGUGCACCAGCCCUCGGGGUCGCUUUCAUUCUCGUGAGUGUGCGUAACUUUUAUCUCUGUUUUCUUUUUUUAUUUUGUCAGUGUACUUGUCUGUUUGUUCAGUACUGUGCAAAAGAGCACAAAUAUAUUGUACGUAUAACAUGAAACGGCAUAUAUACUAGUAACUACACACACAUGCACACACACUGUAUAUUUCUAUCCAUUUUGUCUACUCUGUGUGUUGGGUCAGGACAGGGUUUGUCUGUGUUUUUGUAUUUUCCAAAAGCACUGCGAAAAGGAAAAAAAAAGAUCACUCUCCCUGUAGCAGCCGAAUGUUUCCGCGGAGAGAGCCCGGUUCUCAUACCGGUCGCCCGGAAAACAUAUUUAUUUCCUCACUUGCGGACGUUCAAUAGGGUCAUGACACAUUCAGCUGUUUUUUUUUUUUUAAGUAUAAUUUCUUUCCGUCCAACUAAUACGCUCUCGCACAUUCACUGGCACCGCACUUGCUGAUCGCUCCCUCCAGGGCAGCCACAAAGCGUUAACGAGGGACACACAAGCUCGUUAUAAACGCUGCCGUUUCUCGGUCUGAGGAGGUAUUUGCGGCUGCCAAAGCAAAGUGAGCGUUGAAAUGCAAGAGGAAUUUGGUGCCUUUUCUUAAAUAACAACAACAACAAUAAUAACAAUAAAAUGGAACAAAAAAAAUCCACACACUUGUUACUCUCAUUUUUAUUGAAAUGCCUUAACUUCCUGAAGAAAAAGCGCCAAUUCAGCAGAUGUUGCAGCCAGGAUAGCUAGGAUUUUCUCUUUCUCUGUCCUUGUUCAUGAUUUUCUUUAUAUCUAUCCCCCCUUCCCUAUCUUUUACUGUGAUUGGUUGAGGACCUGGGAUCAUGUGCUACAUGAGGUCAAAGGGCACCUCCUGGUCCCUGGCCCCGCCCUGUCUGCUUCCUCAUUAUUUAUUUAUACUGCCCACUUGGUGGCAGUUUGUGAGGAAAUAUGUAAUAUAACGACCAACUCUUUUAAUGUCUAUUUUGUAAAUAGUGUUCACAUUACACAUUUGUUACCUGAAGCGGUUGUUUUGGUUUUUUUCAUUGGUUAGGGAGGAAAGAAAACAGUCACUGUUAUCAUAGUGUAACAGACAGUAUCGAUCCAACCAUCAAGACUAAAUAUGAAGUAUGAAAGUAUUAUGUAAUAAGUACAGUGUAUUUUGUUUUAUGGUUCUGUACAUUUUUAAGAAAUUCCGCCAUUUUUAGCUCACUCAUUGCGACCUUUGUCAAAACAGUUCUGUAAAGAGAGGUGAUCACAGGCACAUCUACACUACAUCAUUUUACACCCCCUCAUGAAAAAGGGAAUUGAAUGGAUGUAUACAACUUGUCAAAUAAAGAAAUGACUCUGCAUGCCAAAACACCCGUGGAAGACGUGGCGCGUCUGUGUCGGGCCCCGCCAGCGAGCGCGGACAGCUGACGUAGUGCCAACGCACAGUGCCAGCUGAGGAGCCGCCGUCUCGCACCAACCGGAAACGCACCAACCCAAAGGAGACGUGGGAGCUCCCGUGGGCACGACGCCCAUGCUUCUCCCCGGUCCUGCCGGCCUGGGACUCCCGUGCGCCUCAUCGCGUUGGUCAACGACAGCCUCAACGGGCAAACUUUAUCAAAGCUUUCCGCCGUCGGAGGAGGCAGGACUGGCAAACGUCCGAACUCAGACCCGCUGAUGCCGCAGUCUCCACAUCUGUCUGUGAGUUAUAUUUGGACCGUCUAACAUCCUGUUUCCUCGCCCGUUCUCUCACAGUCGUCUCGACAGACGAUCUCCACGCGGUUGUAGUUAAAUGAGGACUGAUGUUCCCCCAGCCACUUUUUUAAGUAAAGAAUGUGAUGAGAUGGAUGGAUGUGUCUCUCAGACGUGCAGUUAGAGAUGACUAAAGACCUCUUUGCUGAAGCAAGUUCCCUUUUUGUAAGAGUUUGUUGCAGCUGGAUACAGCAACACAAUCAAUAAAAAUUAUUCAUGCUCCAACAACGGAAGCGCGACUAUUUAGAGGAAUGUAAACUGUCAUAUUACAUGAGAAGUAGGAGCAGUGACAAAGAUGGACUCUGUCAUUUUGACCGUGUACUGGAAGAUAUACUUGUAUAAUAUGAAUAAUUCACCAUUGAAAAUAGCUUUAUUGUUGUGCCCAUGCUAUUUUGCUAUUUAGUAAAUAUGUAUAUUUAUUGAUAUUUCAUAUGUUGUGUAUACUGGUAUUAGUGAUCUAUGAUUGUUGAGACUUAAAGAGUAAUUGUAUAUUUUUUGACUUUGGAAAGAGAGGUCUGUUUUUCCACGUCGUCUCCUACCACUGCUCGGGUGUUCAGUCUCCAUGCAAUGUGGUUGGAUUUUGAAUAUGUGACCAUCUUUUACCAUAUAUUUUCAGUAUAUAAAAUCUUUGGUUAUAUUAAAACACAGCCAUUCAAAAUGAUCAAAGCACAUUCCUCGAUGUCUGUUCAUUCAAAUGCUUUCUUGUAGAAUGUGUAGAAUAUAUAUAGAUAUAUGCUAUAUAUACAUAUAUAUUUACACAUACACAUAUGUACUGAAUUGCACAGUUGAGUAAUCUAUUACUGUGAAUAUCCUUACUGAAAAAUCCUUGUUCCCUUUUCUUUAUUUCAUGUGAUUUUUAUGAUUGCAUUGUGUGCAGUGUUCCUCUGGUGAAAUGGUGAAAAACCAGUUCGGAUCUUAAAGGGAACGUUCUUGUUAUUUAAAUAAUUUUAGGGUGUACACUCAAAACCUUUUUGUAAAUGAUUCUCAUUGUAGUCACUUUCCUGAUUUUUUUUCUUCUUCUUCAAGGCAAUGGUCCUCUAGUUUCUUCUGAAACUCAACACAUGUAUUCAGUUACAAUACACAGAGAGGGGUCAAGCUUUCAGAAUGAGAGAUCUCCAGGUUUCAGUGGUUUGGAUGACCUGAAUGGAGCUGUCCAGGAAAUUGCUGAUGCAUUAAUGUCCUACAAAGACUGCUCUUGUCGCUGCAAUACAAUGUAUGGUGACUAGGUAGCUUGGCAACUUUGGGGAGCGGAUGAGCUGUUGCUUGUAGGUUUUUCAGGGAAACAGACCAUACAACUUCUACAAACUGACGCUGCUUCAAAUCCAGCUAAUGCGAGGGACUUCUGACAAUUUAUAGCAAUAUAGUUUAAUAGUUCUUGUUUUGGGUUUUUUUUUUCCUCAAACUCAUUUACAGGUUUUACACCUUUCAGAUGUGAACUCAGAGCCGUGGUCUUGCAAAGGGGUCGUUAGUCAAGACUUACGGCUCCAUCGCCAUCCCACACGCUUGGUGUUGCAGUUGUAUGAGCCAGUGUUUCCAAACCUGGUCCUCGGGGGGGCUCCAGACGGUUCACAUUUUUGCUCCCUAUCAGGAAAAAAAACAUGGUCGUAGGUCUUGAAUAAUGACCCCUUUGCAAGACGUAUCAGGAAGCAGAAGUAUGGGCUACUUGGGGGGCCCUGGGAGCCAGUUCGAUAAACACUGGUUAAACUUUUGCUUUUACCUCAUAUUGUUAGGCUGGGAAGAAGUUUUCCAUUGGCGUGGCAGGAAGCGUGUACCUGGUUUCCUUUAUGGAUUUGUACUGCGUUCUGAUGCGAGCUGUCACGGCUUUGAGAGACCUGCCUCAUUUUCAUUUCAAAAAGGCGAGUUAAGAGACGAACGUGCCAAGUGGCGGUCCUUGGUUUUACCCAACGACAGAGAGCGGUCAUGACAUAUGUCUCAUGCCGUUGGAACAGCUUGGGGACGCAUAACCUGUCCCUUCCUCGCAGCCAGUCUCAUGGAAAUAAGGUGAUCGGUAAAAAUGAAACGGCAACUGACAAAUUAUUCGUAAUGAUGAAUCAGUCCAUCUCUGUAGAAUUAUUUUUUUUUUACAAUACUACUUGAGGAAAACGUUCCUUUUAUGGUAAAAACGCUACCUUAAAUCAAAAGGAUGUUAAAUACUAAAUGAAAAUGUUGAAUUAUGUCACGAUGAUAUCAUGUUGAAUGAACUGUACUUCUGAGGGCGGAGUCUCCGAAAGCUUUAACGAGCGUGGAGUCUUGUGUGUGUCACCAUCCCUCGUGCGCAAAGGGGCCGCGCGUCUCUCCGGCUGUAACGGGCAUCGUUUAGCUUAUAGCCUCAAAGUGAAUCGUGACCCGUGCGGCGGACACACCCACGACCCAAUGCUCUCCUUCACCACAGACGCAACAGGCACAGUUUAAACCUCGUCGUUUUUUUCUUUUAAUCCCUCUGUUCUGAUGUGCCUAGGGCAAGCAAUACAGCACUUGAGAUCUGCCCGCUUUCAAAUACGACAAUGGCAGGGGUUAUUGUACAGAAAUAGUGUUACAUUAUGCAUUAAUACACUAGCAGUAAUAAGGAUAUGUUGCAUUUCGCACUUUCUUCUAACCUCUCCCAACCCUGUUUACUAGUACAUCCCCCUUUCUAGCUUUCAGGGGGUGUUUGAGAUGCUGAGAGGUCACCCCCUCCCCUAGCCCCCCACCCCUGUGCUCGCUGUAGAGUUCACCUGAGUCUGUACAGACUUACGGACUAUUGGUGAUCUUGUGGUAGAGUGACCAGCCUUUUCUAUAUCACAGCGUUGACGGUCUCUCUCGUUACCAUGUCUGCAGCACUUUUUCUUGUCAUUUUGACUUUUCCCACACUGAGGUUAAACAUCACCGCCCCUUUUCUCCCCAGUGUAAUAUAAACUGAUAUGGCACUUUCAAAGCCAGUUUCACAAUAAGGGCAACAGGGCACACUUCUGUCCUGUUGUUUUAUUUUUCUUUCAAACAAGGAUAAAGCAGAACAGCUGAGAUGUUUCAUUCGGGUUUUGUGUUGCUUGGAACUGAUCGACUUUUGUAUAAGAACACAUUUGGUGGAUAUAGCAAGCUGUUGAGUGCUCUGUUAUGUUCAAGUGUGUCCUUUACAGUGGAUUUAUGACCUGUAACGUGUUGUACAAAAUGUUCAUUUUUGUCAUUUUCUUUGCUUUUUUUUAUUUAUUCUGUUUGAAAGAAACCAAUGUGAGAUUCUCCUUGAGAAAAAGAAAUCUUGUAACUUUUACCAGUCUUGGUUCUAUCUCUUCAGCGUUUCAGAGUAUUUUUUAUCAUGUUAUAACAUUUGUCUUUGUGUAAAUAAAUGACAUUGUUUCUGCUGAGA